CAAGUGUCGAUUAUUAGUCUGUUAAUUUAUACUUGCGUAUGCAUUUUAUUGGAUUUAUCCAGAUUGAGUACGGCGAAAGGUUAGUUUUCCUUUACAAGAUGGUAAUUGAGGUUUGAGGCGCCAAAAUAUUGUAAACUGUAAGCUCGCGUUUCGGUACAUGGCCUGCCUGGUUAGUCUUUUCUCGGAUGGUAUGCCAGACUUCACAUCUAUUUAAGAACGGUGCACGUAGAUGAUUUUACUGGUACAUAGGAAAUUUUGAGAUAUUUCCAACCCUCAAAGCUAUUAUAGUCCUGGUAAUAUUAAACUAGCCAUGGCCAGUAAGGGUGAUUCUGGGCCAGGCAGCAUGAAUUGUAGAAGUCUUGUUGUGGUUCUCAUAGGACCACCUGCUAGUGGGAAGAGUACCUUCUGUGAAAGGGUCAUUGAGGGUGCACACCGGCCAUGGAUACGGAUAUGCCAGGAUAUAAUAUCCAAUGGGAAGCGGGGCAAUAAGGCUCAAUGCUUGAUGCAAGCAUCCAUGGCAUUGAAUGAAGGCCAAAGUGUUUUCAUUGACUGCUGUAAUAUGACAAAACAACGUCGGCAUGAUUUUGUGGAGCUUGCAGGACCCCAAAUAGAGGUACAUGCUAUAGAACUUGACUUGCCUGCCAAAAUAUGCAUAAGUAGGAUAGCAAAGCGUACUGCACAUGAGGGAGGUUUGCAGGGAGGUAAAGCUGCAAUGGUUAUCAACAGCAUGUUAAAGAAUAAAGAAUCACCUAAUUUAGAUGAGGGAUUUUCGCGUAUCAUGUCUUGUCAAACAGAAGCUGAUGUUGAGAAUGCCAUAAACAUGUACAAAGAACUGGGUCCAGCAGACCAUCUUCCCUCUGGUAUAUAUGGUAAAAAAAGUAAAGAUGAUAAAUUCCAAAGUGGCAUGUUGCGCUUCUUCAAGAAAGAAAAGGAUGUGCAUGAUGGUCACUUUGAAAGGAAAAGUACUGAGCUGUUAAAUGGUCAAGAGAUGAUUCAUAACAAUCCUAAGAACUCGGAUGGGGAGAACUCUAAACAAACUAGUUCAAGCAUUAGACCUCAAGAUAGGACAGCAAUUCAAAGCAGUUCUGUUCAGAGCUAUGGUAGUGUUUCCAGUGAAACAUCUGGAAACGACUGUAUUCCAACUCUUGCUUUUCCAUCCAUCUCAACAGCUGACUUCCAUUUUGAUCAUGAGAAAGCAGCUGAUAUAAUUGUAGAUAGAAUUUCAGAAUUUUUAAUGAGGUACAAAACUAUGAAUUUCAAACUUGUCCUUGUGGACCUGACUAAGAACUCUGAUAUGCUUAGGCGAGUUCAUUCAAAGGCAGCUGAAAAGGGAUUGGAUUCUAAAAGAUUUUAUACAUUUGUGGGAGACAUUACAAAGUUGUAUACUGAAGGAGGCCUAAAAUGCAGCGUAAUUGCUAAUGCUGCUAACUGGCGUUUGAAGGCAGGUGGUGGUGGUGUCAAUGCGGCCAUAUUCAAGGCUGCAGGUCCAGAGUUGGAGGUUGCCACGAAAGAACGUGCUAAAGCUCUCAGCCCUGGGAGUGCUGUAGUUGUUCCCCUUUCUUCAGGUUGCCCAUUAUACAAAAAUGAAGGGGUAACCAAUGUGAUCCAUGUUUUAGGUCCCAAUAUGAAUCCACAAAGACCUAAUUGUCUCAAAGGAGACUACGCCAAAGGAUGCCAAGUUCUACAUGACACCUAUUCAUCUCUUUUUGAAAGUUUUAUAUCAAUAUGUAAAGCACAACAAAGUUUAAAUUCUAACCAGGAACUUCCAGAUUCUGAUUCUUCUAAAAAGGAAACCUCACCUAUGAACAAAAAUCAGGUAAAUGAAACAAAAUUUUCUGACGCCAGUAAUGCUUUUGCAGUGCUUAUGCAAUCUUCAAAAAAGAAUAGUAGUUGUGUAUCGGAUAAAAAGACGAAAUUACAAGAGUUGUCUGUUCCCGAGGGAAAUAAGAGAUUCAAACUAGAUACAUCAGAACUUCUUAUUUCAAGCAAGGAACAUGCCUUGACAGAUGAAGCUGCAGGGCUCAACUCUAAUUCUUUUAGUAGAUGCUUUUCUGGAUACAGAAAUGAUAUUGGAAGCACUGCCACACACAAAGAUAAAAUCCCAGAGCAGAAUAUUGGAAACAAUGGUAAAGGCAAAAAGUCAUGGGAAUCAUGGGCUAAAGCUUUGCAUGAGACUGCUUUGCAUCCUGAACAAAAUAAUAGAGUCCUUGAGGUCACAGAUUCGAUGGUUGUGUUUCCUGAUCUAUAUCCUAAGGCAAAGAAACAUUUGCUGGUUGUAGCGAGGCUUCAUGGACUGGAUAGUCUAGCGGAUGUUCAGAAAGAACACCUUCCUCUUUUGAGGGAAAUUCAUUCCAUGGGUGAAAAGUGGGUAGCUUCUUUCCUGCAGGAAGAUCCAAUAUCGAUCUUUCGCCUUGGCUAUCAUUCGGUUCCUUCUAUGCAGCAAUUACAUCUGCAUGUGAUAAGCCAGGAUUUUGACUCAGUGUACUUAAAGAACAAAAAACAUUGGAACUCAUUCACAACUAAGUUUUUUCGGGACUCGGUUGAUGUGCUGGAAGAGGUUGAAAAGUUUGGAAGGGCUGAGAUUAUUUAUGAUAAAGAUAUUCUUUCAAAGGAGCUGCGGUGUCAUCGCUGUAGGAGUGCUCAUCCUAAUAUUCCACGGCUUAAAAGUCAUAUUUCUACUUGUAAAUCUCCUUUUCCUGCAUCCCUUUCCCAGGGCCAAAACCUGUUUUCCAUGUCGCCAAGGGAAUCUUGCUUUGAAAUACAAGCUAGGCCAAGCAACAUCAAUGGAUAGGGUUCAAUUUUUUCCUGGCAGCUUGAACAAAAACUUUUCAAACAUCCGUUAUAAAGAAAGGCAUCUGAGUGGUACUUUUAUACAUUGCAAUGUAAAGGUGCUUUGUUUUUUGUGAUAUUGAUGGAUAUCUUUUUAUUAAUUCAUUAGAAUCUCAAAAGCCCAAUCUUUAUAUAA